AUGGCAAUUAGAGCUGCACAGUGUUUAAAAAUUGAAACAGCUGGACUCGUUAUAGGAUGGAUAUACUUAAUUGCAUUUUCUAUCGGUUUUGUUGCUGCUUUAGUUUCAUCGAUAGUUGGAAUGAAAAUUUAUAUUUCUGGUGGUGAUGGAAUCCUACAAGCUCUUUUGAUUUUCUUUGUCAUGAUCGUAGCUCUAACUCUGUUGGGUCUCCUUGCCUUUCUUUGUCAAGAUUUUAUUAAAGGAGUUGAAAACCGCACCAACGCAAAAGUUCGUAACUUUAAAGUUCUAAUCGCAUGCUUACUUCUUCUUUCUUUUAUUUUUGUAAUAAUUUCUCUUAUCGGAGCUACGCAAACAUUUGAGUUUCAGAAAUCUUUCUGGCAUCCAUCUACUCCUCCGUUGGGUCUUCAAUACGUUCUCUUUGCAGUAUUACUAUUUGCUUUACAUUUUGCCAUACUCGUUGUUGUUGACAUCAUACAAAAAAAGUUUCAUCAUUACGAAAUGAGAAGCCAAAUUUACAAGGAAAAUAUGAACCUUAAUGUGGUAUCGUCAUAUCAAGCAAGGCCACACAGCAUGAAGAUUCCGGAUAUUGAAUUACCUCCACCGCCAUCAAAAUUUUAA